AUGCAGCUGAAUGACCGUCAGGUGCCGGAAGUGGAAGCACCGCCUCAGCACCCUCUUUCACCGGCCAUACUUUGGCCAGAAGGAUCUGACAAGAAACCGGACUGGAAAGCGCUAAGGGCCCACUGUUUGAAGGAAGGAAGGCUGUCUAUUUCUGAUUGUCUGUUACUGAUCAAUAGGGUUACAUCCAUUCUUAGCGCUGAACCCAACUUACUAACUCUACAAGAUCCAAUUACCGUUGUCGGUGACAUUCAUGGUCAGUAUUUUGAUCUGAUAAGAUUAUUGGAGAUCGGUGGCGAUCCUGACAAUGAUGGUGUCCAAUACCUGUUUUUGGGGGACUAUGUGGAUCGAGGAAGUUUUAGUAUAGAAGUUUUGUUGGUCCUCUACGCGCUCAAGUUGUGUCAUCCUCGAAAGAUCUGGUUGCUUCGAGGGAAUCAUGAAUGUCGACAAAUGACCUCGUUCUUCAACUUUAGGGAUGAGUGCGAGUACAAGUAUAACCUUUCAGUAUACGAGGCUUCCAUGCAGAGCUUUGAUUGUCUACCGCUAACAGCAGUAUUGAAUGAUAAGUUCCUUGCUCUGCAUGGAGGCAUUUCUCCUCAACUCAUCGAU